GCUUAAUGUGUUCUUCGAUCUUAAAUUUAUUUUUAAUGUGUUCUUAAAUAACAGUUUUUGUUUCAAGGGAACACCAUGAUUAACCAAGAAGAAGACUCAGGUUUCGUUUCCGUAAAGUUUCUUCUUAAAGAUUUACCCCAAGACGUUCCAGUGACUGAGAAUAUCUUAAGGAUGGUUUUGAAGCAAAAGAAGUACUCAACUUUGUGGGUCAUGUUAAACUUCUUGGACUCCACAACAGCAUUGGUUGCAGUCAGGGUGCCGAAGAAAUCUAAAAAUGCCGAUUUCUUCACCACAAUAAAAGGCCGCCCAAUACAAGCCGUGAAAUUAUCUGAAGUUGAAGAAGUCGAGUACGAGUUGAUGUUAAACUCCACAACGGCGGAGAUGUUCAAAUCGGCGGAAAAUCUUAGAGCAACCGUUGAAAAAAAUAUGAGAGAAAUGAUGGAAGUGGAAAACAACGAUUUGUUUGAAGGGAAACGAGGAGACAUAAAGUACGACUUGCAGACAGCAACUGCUCAGCAUCACCAGAUAUACGCAUUUGGGUCGAGGACCGUGGGUUUGGGCUUCAGAACCAGUGACUACGACGUCUACAUUGACAUGGAAAACUAUUACAGAGGAGGAGGUGAAACCAACAGGGAAAACUCGGUUGAACGGAUCCAUCACCUUCUGAGGAAAUCUAAGAAGUUCACAGACUUCAUUCUGAUACCCAGAGCUAGAGUUCCUGUGUUGAAAGUUAAACACAAGGAAACCCAAAUACAUUGUGACAUCUCCGUCACCAACGGGCUGGGAGUGGAGAACUCUAAACUGUUGAGGAACUACUUGGCUGAUCGAAGAGUGAGGUUUGCCGCUACAGCUGUAAAAACAUGGGCACUACAGAUGGGUCUAACCCAGGCAGGUCAGGGAACCGGGUCCAUCACGAGCUAUUGCCUUGUUUGGUUACUACUGUAUAGUCUCAUGAGGGAUGACCCGGCCGUCGUACUCCCUGUUUGCCAACUUAGACAGCUACAUCGUGGACCUAAACUGUACAUUGAUGGUUGGGACUGCAGUCACUGUGAACUGACCCAUCCGAAAAGCAAAAACAACAAAAGUGAAAUUGAACUGUUACAUUUCUUCUUCAACUUUUACGGUAGCAUGACAAUCAAAGACGUAAGACAAAAUGUACUCUGUCCCUACUUUGGAUCGGAAAUUCCAGUAAGGGACUUCGUCAAAACAGAAUCCUUACCAAACGAAUUCAACAACUACAAGAAGCAAGCAGCUAAACACAAGUUUUAUCAAAUGUACUGUGAUUCGUUCAUGUUCGUACAAGACCCUGUUGAACAGAACCACAAUAUAGCCAAGGCAGUGGAAGGUUGGGUGAUAGAUAGAUUUUGUAGAUUGUGCAAAACAACAGCUGAACUAAUGGAGACUGGAAUGACAAAGGAGCUAAAAUACAUUAGAGAAACCCGUAAAUGAUACGAAAUAUUGGAAAACACUCGAGAAGUGUAUAAUUGUGUUGUGUAUGAAUGACAAUACUUAUUUAUUGUGGUUAACAUGGUCCUUUCUUCCAGUUGUCUAUGUUUGUUUAUGAGCA